AUGCCUCCGGCUAAGAAGAAAGUUAUAGCCGACGUGAAGGAGGGAGAUCUCGUGCUCGCCAAAGUCAAGGGAUUCCAGCCUUGGCCCGCCAAGGUCAUAAGCGCAGAGGAAGCACAGAAAGCUGAUGUGAAAUUGAAAUAUAAGCCAAACAAGGUCUAUGUAACCUUCUUCCCAUCCGGGCAAUUCCGCGCGUGCAAUCCCGCGGAUGUCACCCCCUUUUCCGCGGAACUGCGCGAGCAGCUGACUGCGCCGACCGCCAGGCGAGUAUCGGCGGACUUCUCGAUUGGGCUGGCAAUGAUGUGCGAGCUGCAGGAUAGGCGGAAGGAAGGCCAGGCGGAGGGGGAGCAGGGGGGCGCGGCGGGGCGGGCACAGGCGGUGGGGGAGAGGUCGGGGGGCGCGGAAGACGCCGCAGCUGCUGCACAGUCCUCCCCUCCUUCCCACCCGCCCUUCUGCUCCCCCACCCCUCUCCCGUGCUUUUCCUUCGUGCUGCAGCAGCCAGACCAGGCCGCUGCUGCAACCGCAGACUCUGCUGACCCUAGAGCGCAGCCCGAGCAUGCAGGGGACGCAGCUGCCGCUGCUGCAGGUGCCCCGGGAUUAGCCCAGGCUGGUCCAGACAGGGAGGCAAGCCAAGAUAUGGGGCAGGGGGAGGGGGAGGGGGAGGGGGAGGGGGAGGGCGAGGAUGCGGUAGGUGCACUGGGGACCUCCCCAGUAGCUACCCGCCCCUUGGAAAACGGCGAAGGGGGAAGAUUUCCGACAGAGGCGCUGCUGGGAAACGGGGAGCGAGAGGGGCGGAAUGGGGAGGGAGCGGAGGAUGGGGAGGGGUUGGGGUUGCAAGGAGUGGACGCUCGGGGGGGGAUAGUGAAGGAUUUUCACGUUGUGGGCCCGGAUAUUCUCAACUCCGCGUGGCGGAAGCGGAAACGGCUGGAAGAGCUGGGGGAUGUGGGCGCAGCGGAGAAGAGGAGAGAUGGGGCGGGAGAUGGGGGGGCGGGGCUUGAGGCGGGCGGGGAGGAAGCGGGGGAGAGUGGGGACGGGCGCGAGGGCGUGGCGGCGAGUGGUAUAGAAGCUGUCUUGAACGGUGGUAGGAAGGGAGUAGGUGGAGGGAAGGAUGGUGCGGAUGGGAGGGAUGGGGAGGAGGGUGUUGAGGAUGGUGGUGCAGCUGUAGCUGAGGAAAAGAAGAGUGGUGAUGGAGGAGUGGGAGAGAGAGAGGUUGCAACGGCGGGGGAAGGGUAUAAGAAGGCGGGGGCGUCGCAAGAAGUUGGUGUGAAGGCGGACGGGGAAAAGGGCGAGCAGACGGAGGAGGGGAAGUGCGAAGGCGAGGUGAAGGACGGGGGUGGAGAAGGGAUUGUGGGCGUGAAGCAAGAGGCAUGUGCUGCUGAGAGUGCGAGUAAGAGAGUUUCUGUGCGAAUGGAGGAAGAUACAGGUCGUACUGUGGCUGGAAGCUGCAGCGAGACGGAGGUUUCUGCAGGGACGAAGGAAAGGCAAUCUGUGGCAGCGGCAAUGGUUCAAGUGAACGUGUUUACAGACGGAAGCGGAGGAGGUGCUCGUGCUGGUGGGGAGCUGGUACAGGUGGUGGUUCAAGAGGCUGUAGGGAGUCACGUGGAGUUUGAAGAGAAGGCGGUGGAAGGGGGAAAAGCGGAGGAGAUGAGUGGGAGGGAUGCUGGUGAGAAGGAGGAGGAGGCGAGGGGCAGGGAUGGGAGGGCGAGGUUGGAGCAGCGGCCGGCGAUUGAGAUACUGGGAGCGGUGAGAGUGCAGGGCGCGGGCGGGUGGGUGAAAGCCUCUGCAGCUGCCUCCGCUGCUGGUGCUGUGGCGACGGUUGCUGCUGCUGGUGUUGCUGGUGCUGCUAGCUCUGGUGCUGGCGGCGCUGCUGGUGCUGGCGGCGCUGCUGGUGCUGGCGGUUCUGGUGCUGAUGGUGUGGCGUUUUCCCGUGAGUCUGGUCAAGGGGAGGAGAGGCAGACGCGGUCGAGUGCAGGGAAGGCAAAAGAGCCGGAGAGGGAAGGGAGGGGAGAGGGAGUGAAGAGUGGCGUGCAGGCAUUGUUGCAGGGAGGGCAGAAGGGAGGGGCGGGGGAGAGGAGAGCCCUGAAAGGGCUUGAGGUGCUUCAGAGGGCGCAAGGCGCGCAGGCCAGAGAGGGGGAGAGGGCGGAGAGGGCGGAGGGUGGUUCUGGGCGUGGGGUUGGGAGGGAGAGGGAGGGCAAGGGAGAAGAGAAAGGCAGUGGGGUGGAGAAGGAGAGUGAGGGGAAAGUGGGGGUGGAGGGGGCGAGGGAGAAAGGUUUGAGGGGACAAGAGGGGAAGGAGCAAGGGGUGAGGGAACAAUGGGGGAGAGAACAAGGAGCGAGGGAACAAGGGUCGAGAGAAAGCAGGAGAGGCGUGGACAAAUUGAGGGAAGGAGAAAAGAGACCUCUGUCUAGGGAGAAAGAGCUGAAAGAUGCGAGAAUGGAACGAGGGAGGAAGGAGCUGGAGAAAGAGGGGGUGGUGAUGAAGCGACCCGGCCAGAUGGGAGGCAAGGGCAAGGCAGACGCGAGGGGGAAUGUGGGAGGGCGGCAGGUGGGUGGUCCUGGUGGGCAAUCAGGAAAGAGUCCUGUGGGUGAAUCGCUUGUGGGUAUGAAAAGGAAAGCGCGGUGGGAUGGUGCUGGCGCUGACGCUAGUGAGGAGGGCAGAAAGCAGGGUGGGAAAGAGCUGCUCAGGGGGACUGGGACGGCGGCAGCAGGAGCAGCAGCAGCAGGAGGAGCAGGAUUAGGAGGAGGAGGAGCAGGAGGAGCAGGGGACGGUUCCAGGGCAGCAGGAGGUGGUGCUAGUGGUGGUGCGAGUGGUGGUGCUGCAGGCGCAGGUGGCCAACGGCCCAGCCCCAGGACGUGGAGAGGGCGAGAUUCAGAGGAGAUUUGGAAGGAACUCGGGCAGAUGGGGUUGCUGGGGGAGGGGGAUGGGGAAGAGGGAGCAGGCAGAGCGGUGCAAGUGGGAAUGAGUGUGGUGGCAGGAGGGGAGGCUGGGGGCGAGUAUGUUAAGGUUGAGUUAAGUGUGUGUGAGGGGGCGGUGCUUGGAGCAGGGGCCGUGAGGCGGGAGUUUGUGGGGGAUUUGAGGGUGUAUAAGAGGAGAAAGAUGAGUGGGAAGGGAUACAGUGCGGUGCAUGAGCAGCAAGCGGGGCAGGUUCCGGGAAGAGCGUUUCUGUAUUGGACUCGGCGUUACCAGCAGAUGUUGUUAGAGAGAGGCACGCUGCAGCUUCUGCCGGCUAGUCAGAAAGCCCUGCGCAAGGAGCAGGAAGAGCAGCAGCAGGAGCAGCAGAGGAGGAACCAGAGGCGCGUGCAGAAGCAGCAGCAGCAGGUGAGGGAGCAGGUGGAGAGGAAAGGGAGAGUGGCAGCACAGCAGCAGGCAGCGGGAGCUGCAACUGCUGCCGCCGCCGCUGCUGCUGUCCCGUCAUCCUCUCUCACGGAUCUUCUGCAGCAGCUGCAGCACACGCUAGAAGCUGAGAGGGGCCAGAUGGACGAGCAGACGCGAGAAGCCGCCAUGCGUGCUGCUGCUGCUGCCGCUGCGGCCGCCGCUGCUGCUGGUGCUGGUGGCGGUGGGAUCGCAUCUGCUGCUGCGUCGGCGCUAGCUGGCUCCUCUGGUUCGGGAUCUGCAGGGGGGUCGAUAAAUCUUGUGUCUCCCAGGGGGAUGAAAGCGACAGCAGGGGGGAAAGGUGCAUGGGGAAAGGCUCCUGGGGAGAUGGGUGGGAGUGGGGAGCAAGGAGCAGGGGUGAAUGGGCCUGGGAAGAAACGAGGAAAGGAUGGGGCAGAGGGGAGGGGUGAUGUGGUGGUGAGAUCUAGGUUGCUGCGAGGGGGGUCGGACGGUGGGGGUGGGGAGGCGGAUGAAGGGGAGAGUGUGAGAGGGAAGGGGGUGAGUGGAGGGAAGAAAGGGGUGGGACAGGAGGGACGGGUGCAAGGGCUUGGUGGGUUCAAGAGUAGCAGUUUAAGGAGGGGGGUGGGAGACGAGGGGGAUGGGGGAGAAGCGGGUAAAGGAGUGAGAAAGAAGACGGUUGGGAAGGGUUAUGAAGGGGUGAAGGAUGGAAGGGAGACAGGGAGUGGGGCAGGUGAGGGGGAAGGGGGAAUCAGCACUCGGACUAGAAGAAAGGGGCAUGGGGGUGGGGAUAGGGGCAGACAACUUGCUGUGGAGGGGCGUGGGAAAGAGCAGGGUGAGGACGAGAGCAAGGAGGGAGAGGGAGAGGAUGAUGAGAAAGAAGAGGAAGACGAGGACGGGGAGGAGGAGGAUGAGGAUGAGGAGGAUGAAGAGGAGGAGGAGGAGGAGGAGGGGGAUGUGUCUUCUGAAGACUCAGCUGGGUCGGAAGUUCUGGAGGUGGGGGAGGAGGAUGAGCAAGUGGAGGUAGUGGGGGGCAGGAGCAAGGUGGAGAGGCGAGGAGUGGCCCCUGGUGGUGUGAGAGACGGGGUGAGGGAGCGGGCAGGGCAGAGGGUGCAUGGGCAGGGGGGCAGAGGGUCUGGGCCGUUGCACGCAGCAGGGAGGAGAGGAGUGGGGCCGUCAUCAGCAGCAGAGGCUCAGGGUCGGUUGUUGGAGCGCAAGGGGCUCAGGGAAGGAGACAGGCCAAAGCUGCAGGCACCCUACGAGGGACCCGUUCCCUCUCGACCAUUCAGAGCCAGCUUCCCCAAGCCAACCGGCCCUACUGCUACCACUACUGCUCCUAAACCUUCUGCGGCUUCUGCCCCUACCUCGGGGCUUGGUUCAGCGGCUGUGCCUGGUACUGCUUCUGCCCUGCUAGCGUCCUCCCAACCAAGCAUGAGAGAUCUUCUCAAAACCGCUGCCAAUGCAAAGAAGGCGCUUCUGACCUCCGCCUCUUCCCCCAGGCGAGUGGGCGAUGCAGGACUGGCAGGGGACGGUUUGGGUGGGAGCGGUGGUGCUGCAGGGGUUGCUGGGGAUGAGAAAGAGGGAGACGAGGCUGGAGGUGCGGGUGGUGAGGUGAGGGCAGUGGAAGGGCGAGGGGGUGCUGGUGCUGGGAUGGGCGAGCGGCAGGAGGGUGGGAGUGGGCAGGGGGAUGGGGAGGAUGGAGCGGAGGGGUGGAAGGGCAGGGGGAGUGUUGCAGGUGCAGGGGCCAUCGGUGAUGCAAGGGAUGGUGUGGCAUGGGCGGGAGGGGCAGCAGACACGGAUGGAAAAGGGGAAGAGCCGGGGAGCAGUGGUAGAAGAGGAGGGGCGGGAGGGGGAGGAGGAGGGGGUGUGGGAGGGAGUGGUGUGGGUGGUGGUAGUGCGGGUGUGGGUGCGGGGAGUGAGCUAGAGUCCGCAGUGAUGAGGGAUACGUUUGGGGGCAUGCUGGAAACGCUGUCUCGCACCAAGGAGAGCAUUGGUCGCACGACUCGGCACGCCUUGGCAUGUGCCUGCCUUGGGAUUGCAGACCAGGUGAUGGAGAUGGUGGUGUCACGGCUGGAGAACGAGAUGAGCAUGCAUCGCAAGGUCGACCUCUUCUUUCUCGUCGACUCCAUCACCCAGAGCUCGCACCUCAAAGGUGGGCCGCCGGCAGUGUAUCCGGAAUUGGUGAAGGAUGCCUUGCUACGUAUCGUCACGGCUGCUGCCCCUGCGGGCCCUGCUGCUCACGAGAACCGCCGCCAGUGCAUCAAGGUUCUGCGGCUGUGGAAGCACAGGCAGGUGCUGGCAGAAGAGGUACUGGCGCACUACAUAGACCAGAUUGAGGCUCGCAACCGCGACCACCAGCUCUCAAGCACACCUGUCCCGCCCUCCUCUCUCCUGCAAGCCCAAGCUGUAUCAAGAGGCGGAGCAGGGGAGAGAGAGCAGGAGGAGCAGGAGGCGAGGCCUCCUGGGCAUUAUGAUCCGCAGUUGCAGCAGCACGGGCAGGAACCGGGGCAGGGGCAGGAUGGUGGGAGGAAACGAGGGGUGGAGUUCAAAGUUCCGGCGUACGGGCAGGGGAGUGAGCAUGGAGCGGGGGGGCGAGGAGAAGGAGGGGCGCAUGGGCAGGAGCAAGGGGCAGGGGCGCAGCAGUCACACCACCACGGGAAUUUCGCCCAUCCACAUAAGAGUUAUCACAAGGGGGAGGGGGGAGCAGGGGGAGGGGGACAGGGAGUGGGUGCGCACAUGCUGGUGCCGAUGAUAAACUCGGAUCGGCAGCUGAGACGGCCGUCGCGGUCUGAGAGGGCGCUGGAUGAUCCGUUGAGGGAGAUGGAUGGGCUAGUUAUGAACGAAUAUGGCAGCAUGGGUGGUGGAAUGUGUGGUGGGAUGGGUGGUGGGAUGAGUGUGGUGUGGGAUCGGUGUGGUAUGGUUGUGGUAUGGAUGGUGGAUGGGUGUGGGAUGGGUGUCCAUGGUGUGCUGUGCUGUGUGGUUGAGUCGUGGCUGAGAAGGGAGGUGGGGUCUGUGGUUGGGAGUCUCUGUACCAACGCCACAUUCGCCCUGGCCAGCCUUCUCACCGCAAAACUCGGGGACGCCGAGGCUCAAGCAACCGUGCCUAGUGCUGCUGCGGUGACAGCAGCAGCGGUUGCUGCGGCGGCGACCACAGGUGCUGCUGCAAGCACUUCUGGCUCAGAUCCCCUCCGCUCUGAGUUCUCUCUCCCUCGUUCCCGCUCCGCCCAUUACGACACGCAAAGGAGCCCUCUCGGCUUGCAAGGCCCUGCUGCUGCUUCCGCUUUCACUGCUGCUGCUUCUGCUGCUGCUGCUGCAUCUGGGCCUGGGAUAUUCCUUUCUCAAGCGUCCGCCUCUGCUUUGCAACCGUACUCGUCAGAAGCUGCUUUGCUACAAAGUAAGGAGGUUGCUGGAGGAGUCAGGGCUGAACAGGGGCAGGCAGGAGGGCACGAAGGAGCGGAGAGGGCUAGGGGUGCAGAAGGCAAACCUGAAGGGGGCCUGGGAGGUGGAUCGGGAUCACUGCUUUCUGCUACUGCUGCUACUGCUGCUACUGCUGCUACUGCUGCUACUGCUGCUACUGCUGCUACUGCUGCUACUGCUGCUACUGCUGCUACUGCUGCUACUGCUGCUACUGCUGCUACUGCUGCUACUGCUGCUACUGCUGCUACUGCUGCUACUGCUGCUGCUGCUGCUGCUGCUGCUGCUGCUGCUGCUGCUGGUGGUGCUGGCAUCGUUGGGGGCGGGUUCCUUACAAGGGGCGCCCCUGGGGAGCAACAAGGGUCCGCGUUCACUGGUGCAGCAGCAGCGGUGGCAGCAGCAGUUGCCUCUGCAGCAUCUGCUGCAGCCAGCGCGGUGGCUGCUGCUGCUGCUGCUGCCGCCUCGGGAGUGCCGCGGCCUGGCGUUGUACUGAGGGAUAGCGGUGCUGGGGGCAGUGCGGCACGGGGCAGCGGUCGUGUGUUCUCCCAGUAUCCACCGUCCCAGGACAUGGAUAUGGAAAUGAGUCCAGGGGGGGCGCAACCCCCUCCUUCCGCCUCUCCUCCCCCUCUGCCUCACCUCUCCGCCCCCCCUGCUCCAUCUGCUCCUCCUCCUCCUCCACCUGCCCUCCCUGCUGCUAGCGCUGCUCCCCCUGCAAGCCACCCAAGCAAGCCCUCGGGGCCACUCACAAUGCCCCCGCCUCUUCAGCCGCCUCAGGCCCCGCUUCCCCUGGCGCCUCUGCCUUUCCCCCACAUGAACCCGCCCCAGUUCCCGCCCCCCUUUGCCCAUGGCAUGCAGGGGGGACCUUCCGCCCCCCAGCAGCAAUUCAGGGGAAAUGGAAACUGGUUCCCCUGCCACUUUCCCCCACCUGCGCAUGUGCAGCAAGGGCCGAUGGGUGGAGGGGGGAGAGGCUUGGGCGAGGGAGCGGAAGGGAUACGUGGGAUGCAGGGGUUUGGAGGGAUGGGCAUGGGCGCUAGCGUAGGUGCUGGUGCUGCUGGUGUUUCUGCAGGGCAGCAGCAGCAGCAGCAGCAGCAGCAGCAGCAGCAGCAGCAGCAGCAGCAGCAGCAGCAGCAGCAGCAGCAGCAGCAGCAGCAGCAGCAGCAGGAGGAGGAUAUGCGGAUGGGGAAAUCUAGGCAGGAGGGGAAGGAGGCGGAGAGGCCUGUAGGAGCAGGCAGAUCGGUGGAGGGGGAACAGCAGUGGCAGGCACGGCACGCAGACAGCACAGACAGGCGAGGGGACGUUGAGAAGUUUGAAGGAGCGAGGGGCCAAGGGAUUGGGAGGUCGGAGGCGAGGGAGGAAGUGCAAGGAAGUGGGGAAAGAGUGAAAGCCAGUAUGGGGAUGUCCGGGAGAGAGAGUGGGGAAGGGAGGGGGCCUGCGAGGGUAGCAGCAGGUGCGGUGCAUGGCAAUGCACCGUCUCCCCAGAAAACACUGCCCCCUCUCGUGGCCACCCCUGCCCUGAACCCCCUGCCUCCUUCGGCGUCAGGGUUGGCUGCUUCUGCUGCGACUGGCAGCGCUGCAGCUGCGAUUGGCAGCGCUGCUGCUGCAGCAGCAGCAGUGGCUUCACAGAGGCAAGUAGCUGCGCCUGUAGCUUCUGAGGAAUCGCCUGUGAAAACUCCGCUCACAGCAGUUUCCCACAAGGAGCAACAGCAACAGGCGCAGCAGCAGCAGCAGCAGCAGCAGCAGCAGGAGCGUGUGGAGGUGGCAGGGCGACUGGCAGGGCUGCAGGUGGGUGAGGGACGAGCAUUGCACGCACGAGAGGAGACAGGCACAGCAGCAGCAUCAGAAGCACCAGCAGCAGCGGCACCAGGGGCUGCAGAGGAGGAGGGGCAGGAGAGGGGGGCGGGCAGUCAGGAUGGGUUGCGUACUCCCAGGAGAGUGCGCUCUUUCACCCAGACGCCAGGAGCACUUGCUGCAGGUGGCUACUGGACCCCUUCCUGUGCCCGCCAAUUCACUCUUACCACUGUCCUCAUCCAUCCCGUUUUCGCCCCUCUCCUACUCCCCUCUUCCCCGCUCCCCACCCCCUCUCUCCCCAUCUCUCUCCCAGCCUCCCCAAGGAGUUUCAACGCCCAACCACACCUAUCCACCUCGCCAACCACGCCCUACACCCCAUCCGCUCCCCCUCAGCUCUUCUCCCUCUCCCCCUUCACGCCUCUGCAAGCUGGGAAACCGUACAGCACCCAGGGCCCCCCUCAGUCCUUUACUACUCCAACUUCUGCUGCCGCAGCUGGAUCAGCAGGUUCAGGAACGUCUGCUGCAGCAGCUACGGCUGCAGGAGCUGCUAGCGUUUCUGCUGGGGCUGCUGCUGCUGCUGCAACUGGCACUGCCCGCGCAGGUGAUGCGUUGGCUUCUAGAGCUGGGCCUGCUGCAGCAGAAGCAGAAGCAGCAGCAGCAGCAGUGGGAGAGAGCGGCAGAGAGAGUAGCAUGCAGGGGAGCGUGCAAGGGCAGCGCACGGAGAAGAGGGAGGAAAGCCUCAGCCAGGGGCCACAGGGGCAGGCGGAGGACAGGGCGGGUGCGAGUGGGGAGGAGAUGCAGCGUGGAGGGUCACCGGAACGCAAGUCUGGCCUCAUGGGCCCGCCUGCUGCUCCCUCUGCUCCUGCUAGUGCGCCGACUACCCCUGCAGCAUCAAGAACCCUGUCUGGAACAACCCCUGUCAACACACCGAUAUCUGCCUCUGCAGUAGCAGCAGCAGCAGGUGCAGCAGGUGGUGCAGGGGUGAAGCGUUCUCCCGCGCAGCAAGGCCCGAGCCAGAGUCAGGGUCACCCGGUGUCACCACUCCCUCCUCCCGCCCGUCCCCCUCAAGCCUCCCCCAUGACCGCUCCUCCCCCGCGCCGCACCUUCCGAAGCUCUUCCGGCUCUACUGGGGAUGCUCCUGGUCCUCACCGGUCUCUCUCGCCUUCCUUCCGCCCGUCUCUAUCUCGCUCCUCGUCUGGCCACUCCUCUCCUCCUUCCGGCAUGCCCCAUUCUCCUCCCCACUUGCGCCGGUCGCCGAGUCACCCGCACAUGCAUGCGCAUUCAAACCAGCGGGGGGCACAUGGGCAUUCUCACCCGCACCCACACUCGUUCGGGCUGGGACCAGCAGCAGCAGGGCACGGGGCAGGCAUGGGUGGGGGGCCAGGAGAAGGGAGCAUGCACACUGAGUGGAGAGGGGGGGGACCGGAGAGAGGAGGAGGUAUGGAGCGAGGGUCGGGGAUAGAGAGGGGCAUGCCGCAUGGAUACCCCAACUCGCCUCCUCGCGGCGGGUUGCAGUUCAGCUGGCGGGUCCAGCCCAGGAUAUGGCGAUCGGCCACCUUCCCCUUCACGUUGUAA